GUGCCUCUCUCUACGGAGCCCAGUUUGAAGCAGGAGUAGUCAUGUCAGCGAGCGGGUGUGAUCAGGGAGCUGGGGCACAGAAUGGAGGUGCCCACAGGAGCAAAGGAGUCCCCGCUCCGAGUGUUGGCAACAGAGUUACUGUGGUGCUCGGUGCUCAGUGGGGCGAUGAAGGAAAAGGAAAGGUGGUGGAUUUACUGGCUCAGGACGCGGACAUAGUCUGUAGAUGUCAGGGCGGGAACAACGCGGGGCACACAGUAGUGGUCGACUCGGUCGAGUACGACUUCCACCUCCUGCCCAGCGGAAUCAUCAACCCAAAGGUCACGGCCUUUAUCGGUAAUGGUGUCGUUAUUCACCUUCCAGGCCUCUUUGAAGAGGCUGCAAAGAAUGAACGCAAAGGAAAAGGUCUUGAGGGGUGGGAGAAGAGGCUGAUCAUCUCCGACAGAGCACACAUUGUGUUUGACUUCCACCAAGCAGUCGAUGGGGUUCAAGAGCAACAGAGGCAACAGCAAGCAGGAAAGAAUCUGGGGACAACGAAGAAGGGUAUCGGUCCAGUGUACUCGGCCAAAGCUGCACGCAGUGGGCUCAGGAUAUGCGACCUGCUGUCUGACUUCCAAGACUUCUCCGAGAGGUAUAAGGUCCUGGCGCAGCAGUACAAGUCGAUGUACCCAACGCUGGAGAUCGACAUUGACGGGGAGCUUGAGAAGCUCAAGACUUAUGUGGAGCGGUUGAAGCCUAUGGUGAGAGACGGGGUGUACUUCAUGCACGAGGCUCUUCACGGCCCCCCAAAAAAGAUCCUCGUAGAAGGGGCCAAUGCAGCCUUACUGGACAUUGACUUCGGUACGUAUCCUUUCGUGACCUCGUCCAACUGCACGGUGGGCGGCGUGUGCACGGGGCUGGGCAUGCCCCCGCAGAACGUUGGCGAGGUGUACGGCGUGGUCAAGGCCUACACCACCCGCGUGGGCAUCGGAGCUUUCCCCUCAGAACAGAGCAACGAAAUCGGCGAGCUGCUCCAAACGAGAGGCGGGGAGGUGGGCGUGACCACUGGCCGGAAGCGCAGAUGUGGUUGGCUGGACCUGGUGCUCAUCAAAUACGCCCACAUGAUCAACGGUUUCACGGCUCUAGCCCUCACCAAGCUUGACAUUCUGGACGUGCUGGCUGAGAUUAAAGUGGGCGUAGCCUAUAAAGUGGAUGGAGAAGACAUCCCUCACUUCCCAGCCAAUCAGGAGGUGCUUCACAGGGUUGAGGUCCAGUAUGAGACUCUGCCCGGCUGGAACAGCGACACGUCCGCGGUGCGGACCUUCGAGGAACUCCCGGAGAACGCCCAGAAGUAUGUCCGCUACGUGGAGGAGCAUCUAGGCGUGCCUGUGAAGUGGAUCGGUGUGGGCAAGGCCAGGGAGUCCAUGAUCCAACUGUUCUAAGUUUCCCCUCGUCUCAAGCCCCCCCCCCCCCCCCCCCCCCUCUCUCUCUCUCUCUCUCUCUCUCUCUCUCUCUCUCUCUCUCUCUCUCUCUCUCUCUCUCUCUCUCUCCCGUCGCCCCGGCCUCGACCUCACACAGAAACCCACACCCAGGGUGAUGGGGUAGGAGGUGUGUGUGUGUGUGAGACAUCUGUGUGGCCCAACUGAGUGCAGAGGCAUCACCUCCUCAUCUUCACCCUCCUCUUCCUCGUUGGAAAACAGUGAACCUACACAUAUGGACAUGUGGACGCAGAUGGAGGGAGACUGAUGGACGCUUUUUUGACUCUGUUUUUGUUUUGUUUUUUGGGAGGGGGGGACAGUCCUCUCUUCAUGCCAAUGAAUGUUUGCCCAGUUUGCUCUAGAAACUCUCUCUCUCUCUCUCUCUCUCUCUCUCUCUCUCUCUCUGUCUCUCUCUCUCUCUCCCCCCUCUACCCCUCUGUCUCUCUCUCUCUCUCUCUCUCUCUCUGUGUGUCUCUCUCUCUACCCCUCUCUCUCUCUCUCUCUUUCUCUCUUUCUCUCUCAAUGGUCAAUGUUGUUGUUUUUGUUGUUUGUUUGUUUGUUUGUUUGUUUUCUCAUCUACUCUGGUUACCCCCACACCCUUCUUAUGGACAUGACAAAUCUUGGUUUCACUGGAGGUUGUUUUAAAAUUGCAGAUAAGUUUGUAAACGUCUCUUCUUAAUGUGUAUUUGAGCUCUGGCCGAGGUGGGCAAUGGGUUCUGACCAGUUCUGCCCCGUAGAGUGCCAAAAUCUCCAGUGAGCAGCCCGUGCUAGGCAUUUGCAUACCCAGAAAAUUCAUUCAUUAAAUCAUUAAUUCUAGAACACAUUUCUAGAACACAUUCUGGAACACAUUCUAUAGGACCUUAGUUCCCUCCUCCUUACUAAUAUUAUUCAAUGCCAUUGUGCCACUAAAACAUUAUCAUGGACAUGUAGACCAGUCUAUGGGACUAUAGGAUAACUGCACCGGCAUGGUUGAUUUUGCAUGUACGAGUAAAA